UCCUGAUCAUGACAUUCUCAGGUUCCUGUUGUUAUUUAAAGCUGAUACCAACUUGGGGUUCAUACUUGAUCUCUGCAGCUCGUUGGGUUUAGUUACUGGUAAUGGGAUCGAGUCUACCUUUUGUUCAGAAAACACGCGAACUCCAAUACAAAGUUAUCUUAUGGAAAAUUCUUUAAAAAGUCGAUCAGGCUAGUGACGAACGAAGAGGCCAGACACGCAUAUAAACCCGGUGUGAAUUAAUAGAACGUUAACCGUUGAUAUAUAGUUUUUGAGACGACCCCUCUUCGGAAAUCCUGAUACAUGUGAACGCACAAAACGAAUACGGAUAUGGAUUUAGCAUGCAUAGAGGUGACAAUGGCUUUGGUUGUACAACACAAGGUGCUGAUUUCGUCAGUUGUCGGAUCAGUCAUUGGCUUUGCGCUGCUGCGACGUCACUUGGCCGGUGGUGUGUGCGUCUCUAAGAAACGUCUGGAUGGAAAGACUGUCAUCAUCACUGGCUGUAAUACUGGUAUUGGUCUUGAAACGGCAAAGGAAUUGUCUGCUAGAGGCGCCCGUGUGGUCAUGGCAUGUCGUGAUGUGAAAAAGGCUACUGAGGCAGCUGAAACCGUAAAAACAUUCUCAGGAAACACCGAUGUUAGCAUACAGCGCUUGGACCUUGCCUCGCUGGAAUCUGUGAGGAAAUUCGCAGAGAGAAUGAAUGAGAAAGAGGAAAGAAUUGAUAUUCUUAUCAACAAUGCUGGUGUAAUGAUGUGUCCUAAGUGGAAGUCUGAGGAUGGGUACGAGAUGCAGUUUGCGGUGAAUCACCUUGGACAUUUUUUGUUAACAAAUCUAUUAUUAGACCGCAUGAAGAAGUCCGCUCCUGCCAGGAUCAUCAACGUCUCAUCAUCAGCUCACUACAGAGGGAAGAUCAACUUUGACGAUAUCAACAGUGAUAAGGACUAUUCCUCCAUGGCAGCUUAUGCUCAGAGUAAACUAGCCAACGUACUCUUCACGAAGGAACUCAGUAAACGUCUUCAAGGUACAGGUGUGACGACAAACGCACUCCAUCCAGGCGUGGUCAACACCGAAUUGCCAAGACACGUGCAAGCUAGGAUCACAAUUAUUUUUUUACUCGGUCCCAUUAUAAAACCUUUCUUGAAGACCCCAUUACAAGGCGCCCAGACGAAUCUUCACUGUGCUCUAGAUGAAAACUUGGACAAUGUUUCAGGCAAAUACUUCAGUGACUGUGCAGAGAAAGGACCGUCAAAGGCAGCAUUGGUCGAUGAGGACGCAAAACGACUGUGGCAGCUCUCAGAAGAAAUGGUGGCCAACGCAAGCAAAUAAGAUGAUCAACCACCCACCUUAUAUAUUGACAUAUUAUACACUGCCACAAUGACAUAUACUGUGCAAUCAGGUACUUUUUGUGGGGCCUAAAUUUCGUGGUUUUCGGGACAUAACACCAUUUUUUUGGGUACAUGAAUUUGUGGAUUACGAUUACCCACUCAAAUAGAGAAUUGCUUUAUAUAUAUCAAACCUGUGAUUACUUUAUGGACCUAUGAAUUUUGGAUGAAGAUAUAUGUAACCCACAAAUCAAAAAUAAUCAAAAGACCCACAAAAAUUAAUGAUUUCACAGUUUCAAAGGAAAAUAGGUUGUGGGAACUUUUCACAAUUUCAAAUCAGUAACACAUUUCAUAUAUGUAAAUCACUAUUUCUUCAAUGUUUCUGUACCUUCGAGCUGGAUAUUGACAUUUUGUGUAACUCAUUCACCCCUGAAAGUUCAUAAUGAACUAUUCCAACCUUUAAAUUGGAAGAGCUCAAAUGUAUCUUGACAGGGGUGAAUGUGUUAAU